UCCGUUGUCAAAAAAGUUGAGGUUGAGUCUCUCAAGCAUCUUUUUCCUUUUCUUGUGUCCGUUUCGCGAAAAUACCAAGUGUUAUUAGUAGUUUUAUUUAGUGAUUAUAAUGGCGUGGACGCCGCAAGAAGAAGGAUUACGGCAAAUUCUCCAGCUUUUAAAGGAAUCUCAAUCUCCCGACAACGCAAUCCAGCGAGCUGUACAACAAAAAUUGGAAGAGCUGAAUAGGUAUCCAGAUUUCAACAACUACUUGAUUUUCGUCCUAACGAACCUAACAUCUGAAGAUGAACCAACCCGUUCGCUGAGUGGAUUAAUCUUGAAAAACAACCUCAAGGCACACUACAAUACGUUUUUGCCAACUGUCACCGAUUUCAUCAAACAAGAGUGUCUGUCGGCUGUAGGUGAUCCGUCGCCUUUGAUUCGGGCCACCGUUGGUAUUCUUAUCACAACAAUAGCAUCAAAAGGAGAACUGCGAUCAUGGCCGGAACUCCUCCCUGCCCUUUGUAACAUGUUAGAUUCGCAGAACUACAAUGUUUGCGAGGGUGCUUUUGGAGCUCUGCAGAAAAUUUGUGAAGAUUCUGCGGAUGAUUUAGAUACUGAUGAGCUCAACAGACCUUUAAAUGUACUUAUUCCCAAGUUCCUUCAGUUUUUCAGACAUUCUAGCCCCAAAAUUAGGUCUCAUGCUGUGGCGUGUACAAAUCAAUUUAUCAACAGUCGCUCCCAAGCACUAAUGUUACAUAUCGAUGCUUUUCUUCAAAAUUUAUUUUGUUUGGCAUCUGAUGAUGAGGCAGAAGUACGGAAAUAUGUCUGUAGAGCUUUGGUCAUGCUGCUUGAAGUUCGGAUGGAUCGACUUCUACCGCACAUGCACAACAUCAUCGAAUACAUGCUUCAAAGAACUCAAGAUCCAGACGAAGGUGUUGCGUUAGAAGCUUGCGAGUUUUGGCUAUCUUUUGCCGAGCAUUUAAUCUGCAAAGAAGCUCUCGCUCCACACUUACCUAGACUGAUACCUGUCCUUGUAAAGGGCAUGAAAUACUCAGAAAUUGAUGUCAUUUUACUGAAAGGUGAUGUAGAAGAAGAUGAAAUGGUGCCUGACAAAGAAGAAGAUAUCAGACCUCGAUUCCACAAAUCAAGGUGUCACAUGGUCAAACACAACGCCGGCGAUGGUUUCGGGAACCCGUCGGAAAACGGUGGAAACGAAGAGGAUGAAGACGAAGAUGAUGAUAAUUUAGACGAUGAUAGUUCGCUGUCUGAUUGGAAUCUUAGGAAAUGCAGUGCUGCAGCCCUAGAUGUACUAGCUGUUGUGUUUGGUGAAGACUUAUUACCUGUAUUACUACCCAUCCUAAAAGAAACACUGUUCCAUCAAGAGUGGGAAAUCAAGGAAUCAGGAAUUCUUGCGCUAGGAGCUAUUGCUGAAGGUUGUAUGCAAGGAAUGAUCCCCCACCUAAGCGAGUUAAUACCGUACCUGAUCAAUUGUUUGUCCGACAAGAAAGCCCUCGUUAGAGCCAUUACCUGUUGGACUCUGUCUAGAUACUCGCACUGGGUCGUAAGCCAGCAGCAUGACAAUUACCUGAAACCUUUAAUGACUGAGCUUUUGAAACGGGUUCUAGAUCCUAACAAAAGGGUGCAGGAAGCUGCGUGCUCCGCUUUUGCAACACUAGAAGAAGAAGCUUGUACAGAUUUAGUUCCAUAUUUAGGGUACAUUCUGGAAACCUUAGUUUUUGCAUUUAGUAAAUACCAGCAUAAAAACUUGCUUAUUCUGUAUGAUGCCAUCGGCACCCUAGCAGACUCAGUAGGUCACCACCUCAACAAACCUGACUACAUUAAUCUGUUAAUGCCACCUUUGAUCGAGAAAUGGAAUGUUCUACAAGAUGAAGACAAGGAUCUUUUUCCUUUGCUUGAGUGUUUAUCGAGUGUCGCAACAGCGUUACAAGUUGGUUUCUUGCCUUACUGUGAACCAGUCUACAAACGCUGCGUCAGUCUGAUAGAGCAAACUCUAAACCAACACAUAGCAAAUUCUCAGAAUCCGGAACAGUUCGAAGCUCCUGACAAAGAUUUUAUGAUAGUCGCACUAGAUCUUUUAUCCGGACUCGCAGAAGGACUGGACGGACAUGUGGAAAAAUUAGUCGUGAAUUCUAAUAUAAUGCAGCUGCUAUAUCAGUGUAUGCAAGAUCCAAUGCCGGAAGUGCGACAGAGCUCUUUCGCCCUGCUCGGGGACUUAACCAAAGCGUGUUUUCAACAUGUUCACCCUUGUGUUGCUGACUUCAUUCCAAUUUUAGGCCAGAAUCUAAAUCCAGAUCUAAUAUCGGUUUGUAACAAUGCCACGUGGGCGAUAGGAGAAAUUUCUGUUAAACUAGGUGAAGAUAUGAGAUCGUAUAUUCCAAUGGUGCUGCAGCAGUUAAUCAAUAUCAUUAAUAAACAAAACACUCCCAAAACAUUACUUGAAAAUACAGCAAUUACGAUUGGUCGACUAGGGUAUGUGUGCCCCCAUGAUGUUGCACCUCUUUUGCCACAGUUUGUCCGCCAGUGGUGUUUGUCAUUGAGGAAUAUCCGAGACAAUGAAGAAAAAGAUAGCGCUUUCCGAGGAAUGUGUCAGAUGAUAACGGUCAAUCCUGCCGGUGUCGUUCAAGAUUUUAUCUUUUUCUGCGAUGCUGUUGCCUCGUGGGUCAGCCCGAAGGAGGAUCUGAAAGAAAUGUUCUCAAAGAUUUUGCAUGGAUUCAAGAACCAAGUCGGAGAAGAAAACUGGAAACGCUUCUCUGACCAGUUCCCAGCCCAGUUAUCUGAGCGGCUCUCUGUCGGUUACGGCCUAUGAGAAAUUCCUCUGGUGGUGUCAUACUGAAACGGGUGAAACUGUAUCAGGAGUGUAUCACCGAGGGCCCAAGUCUUUCGUCGAAUCCUGUUGGCAGCAGGGUAGGUAGGGAGGGGGGAGGGUAAGGCACUGCUAACACUCGCGUUCGCGUCGUAACUACUCUAUCGUGUUUUCCCGGGAAACACGUCGCGUGAAUACUCCACCUUUUUUUCUUAAUUUUAUUUUGUGAUUCGAAAGAAAAAAGGAAAAUCGUUCUCUUGCCUCGUCCUCACUGCGUCUCUCAAGAUUCAAACUCGUUAAUCACUCGCGUUUUUUUUCUUUUUUUUAUCGAAAGACCAUCGACCAAUCUCAUUUCGUGUGUAUUUUUGUCAAUUACAAAUAAAUCGCUAUGUUUCUCGCGGUAGUCUGUUGAAGUCAAGUAAUGCUCCGCGUUGUUUUUAUCGUGAUUUCUUUUUUUUUGUUAACUCUUUUUACUUAUUCAGUACCUCGGCUAUAUUUCGCGAUUAAACUAAUUAAUUUAUUUUUUUAAUUGUUUAUUGUUUGUUUAUUUUAUUUCUCUUGUUGCAAUAUUUAUUAUUUAACUAAUAUGUAAAAAAAUAAUUGAUGGCACUUGUCAAAGUGGGGACUUUAAUCUUAAGAUUAAAUUAUUUAUUAUUGUUUUUUUCCAGAUUUUAUCCUUUGUGAUUUUUUAUGUAAUAUUCGACCAUUGGAACAGUUUUCGUGCUUAAAUAUUUCGCGGUUACAUUCUUAUUUUGUCUAGGUUCUUGAGUUCUUUCUUUCUCUCUCUUUUAAAUGAAAUCUUAAAUCCAUUCGUAUAUUUUUAUACCGAAAGCCUCAUAACUCGAGUCUCGAGUUUUUCUCUGAUGAUGCCUGAGUGUAUUAUCACAACAUGAUGAAUGAUAGUUAGGUGUACUUUUAAUUUUAAAAAUAUUUACAAAUCAAUUAUGUUUAACGUGUAUGAAAUAUGUUUUUAAGUUCUGAUUUUUAUUGUUUCUCUUAUACUUGUAAUGUUAGUGAAUCUUUACAAAUCUAGUAUUUCCACUAAUCUGUGAUUUUUCUGAAUGAGAAAUAGCUAUCCAAUUUUUCCAAAAUUUCCUAGGCUUAUAUUAAGGUAGUACCUCCUCUCAGUAUGUUGUUUUUUUUACUACAUUAUGUAAUUAUCGGCCUUAGAUUCCAACCAGGUUGAGAAGGCAACUGGGUUAAGUGCAUUCCAGACUGAUAAUGAUUCAACAUCUUUGGUUAUCUUUUCCUUGCAGAUCAAAAGCUUUUGUAAAUUUUUUCUUCUCAAUUAUCUCAUUAAUCUUUGAAGUGAAUAAUCGAAAGCUUGGCUCUCAAUGUUUUUUGUAACGUUAUGAAGGUUAUGCUAGGUUUUGACAGUCUCUGGAUGUGCCUAACUCACUUGACCUUCUACAACUUCGAUAAAUUGAUUUAGUGGCUGUAGAUUCCAAUAAAUAGGGUCAGGUUCCCUAAUCUUAUGUAUGUUGAAUCACUAUCUUUAUGUUCCUGAAUAUCAUUUGACGCUUUCAUUUAUCAUCGUUCAAAACACAUUGAGUUGGAAAUCUUUCAGUCUCAGCCUGCUAUCAGAUUUACAAGCCAAGGAAUUACUAAUUUUACAAAAUUGUUGCUGAGUCAAGGAAGUCAGGUCUUCACUUUGUGAGGGUCAUAAGCAAAAAUCUUAGCUUGGAAAAAAUCCAUGCCUAGUUGAAAGAGCUUAUAAAGUUUAGCAGGACGUAUACAGGUCUUGAAAACAGGACAUUUUAUGCAAAACUGUAGAAUUUGUAACAGCUUGAAACUUGAAAUCUGAAAAAGCAUCAUCGCUGUCUACACAAUCUUAGUCUGUCUCUGGGCUCAACGGUGGAGAGAGGAAUAACUUUCAGUGCGGAAUCUCAAUUUUAUUUAAUUGAAUGAUUAAUACUGAUAGAAAAAAGGUUCACAUUCUGCCAUUAGCCAUGAAAUUAAUGCCAAAAAUUGUCCAUUUUGAGUUCUAUACUUGCUAACUGCUGAUGUGGAAAGCCAGGGAAUUUUUGAAAUUUUGGUCUCGGAAACCAGGAAAAGUCUGACAUUUUUUCUCUCCAAGUUUGUAGACACUGACACUCUGUUCAAUCACUGAAUAGCUGAGCGUAAGUCGUCGCUCCUCUGACGUAAGGGUGUAUCUCGAUUUCCAUAUGAGUUCUGUUCUCUGUAUAACUAUGCUUUCUGAGGCUCACGUGAAAAAAGAGAUGUGCCCUUGCGUCAGAGAAGCGACAAAAUUUCCCAUGAUGACGCAGCCACUAAAUCAAUCUAUUAAGACCAGUUGAAUUUUUAAAUUUUCCUUCUUUUUCUGCUGUCCGAUCUUUCAUUGAUCAAAUUGUUUUCCUCAUAAUUUUUUUUGUCACAGUUUCCAUGUGUUAAAAUUUCACCAAGGAAAGCUCUUCGAAAAAUUUUCCCCCUUGUCAAGUAAUAUCAAUCCUAAAUUGCAUAGAGGAAAAAUCGAUUCAGACUUUUUUCAGAAGUUGUAUUGACAGAACCACUUUUGACGAAAUAGCAACAAAGAAAAUUAUGUUAUUGACGUAAAAAUUUCCAGAAUAAAUUAUUAACAUUUAUGUGGUGUUGUCAAAUUUUAUAAUGGCAUAUUUUGUAUUUUUUUGUGGGAGGGGGGGAGGGCAUAAAAGUUGUCAGGGAUUAUAAAUGAAUUGGGAAAUAAUGGCUGCGAAAAUAAUAUGGCCAUCCAGACUUUCAUUUAUGAAACCCUUGAUCACUGAGGCGAUGUUUACAAAAAGUAAGAAGUGCUUUUGUAAAUUGUAUGCCUGACAAAAUGGUGGGAAAGAUUCAGAUGAAUUUUUCAUUCAUACCACUACUACGAGGAAUUGAAAUAGCUGAUUAACAUUAAACAAAUUGAAAACGCUUUUCAUUCUUUCUGUUGUGUAAAAAUGAAACCAGAUAUUGUCCCCUUUCGUAACUUGGCGUUAUUUAUGCGCACGGAAGCUACUUCUGUUCUGUUUUCUACCUUUCUUCAUUUUUUAUCUUUUUAUUUUUUAAAGGACAACGCACACAGUACCAAGAAAUUCAGCGCUGGUUACUUUUCGAUUUUUUAAACAUAAAAUAAUCAAAUUCCUCCGGAUGAUAAGCGGCGCAGUGUCUUCACACAAGAUAAAACAGUCCCACAUCUCCAGUAAAAAACUCAUGUAAGAGAGCUGAAAAAAAAAUCGCUUUCAGCCUUACUUUUCCGAAGAUUGGCACUGAAGCACAUUGUGUUCAGGGAACAUCAUAUCAAUAAUAUUGAAUUCUAACUGGUGCCGAAUUUCCUAGUAUUGUAUGCAUUAUCCUCUCUUCUCUAUUAAUUUUUUCAAUGAUACAUUUAUAUCAUAGUGAGAUGUUUCUUUUGAGUUGUAUUUUUUUUCUAUCGCCACCUUGAAACUUAAAUUUUGUAUAGAUUGAUAGUUGGGAAAUCACAAGUGAACUUUCUCUUUGUAUUAUUACUAUUAUAAUUUUCCUCACCCCUAGGUUUUUCAAUUAUUUUUUUUAAUCCCAAGAUCAAGUUCAGUUACUUUCAUCCUCAAAUACGCAGGAACUGACCUAAGUUUACAUGUACAUGAUGACUCAUUGAAUGAUGUUGAAACCUGGAAAAUUUUACAAAUUUUAAUUCCAGGCUUCUCAUUCUCUGUCUAAACUGUAAAUUUUGUCAACUUCCUAAGCUGUAUCAGUCAACAUUGAUUGAAAUCUUUGUCAACAUUUUGCCCACUUUUAUGCCUGUAAUAUUAGUGUCAUUAAUUUUACAAACCAGUGGAUUAGAUUAGUGUCCUGCAAAUAGCAGGUAGAGGAGUCGUUAAGGGAGGUGUGUGUUUCGCACUUUCUAUUUGCAUAUGAAAGCGCUGUUGGUUGCUUAUGUUGAAAUUAGAGGAGAUGGUGGUCAGUUUAGACUUGGUUGGCAAUUUUUUGGAGGGUGUUUGAUGACAUCCUGGGAUUGGAUAAGAUAAAAUUUUCAGUGUUGAGAGGCGUGAUAUAUUAUGCAGAAAAACAGAUCAAAAUUUCCUAUGACAUAGGACAGAUUUCAAUGGCUCUAGUCAAAAAAGGCGUAUCUCCAAUUGCAACAUCGCAGAUUUCAUGUCACAUUUUAUUUUUAAAAAAACGAAAACUAAUCAAUAUUAUUACUCAAAAUUUCUCCUUAAAUCUUGUUUUCGGAUGAAGAAUAUUUUUUGAGAAUUUCAGGUAAUAAUAUUCAUCAGUUUUUCCUGUAAAAAAUAAAAUGUAGCUCUCGAAACCUCGCAAUGAAGUUAAGUCUUUUUCAAUUUAAGCCUUUAAUAUAUUGAGAAAUGAAAGGGAAGUAUCUUGAGACUUAUAGUUUAUGAUCACUUUAACGAUUUUGAUUCGUCCUGAACUCGUCUUACACCCUAAAAUUUGUAACUAUUCUGUACCUCCUGUAUUUUCCUCGUUAGUUGCCAAUACUGGCAGGCAAACAUCAGACUCUUUAACUACAAAGAUAUGCGUCAUUUUAUCUUGCUCUUAAAUGUCAUCGGAAAGUCAACUUCCUGAUGACACCUCUCAUAGGAAAUUUAUGUGUACGCUGUUUUUAUAGAGGAGGUGAAUUUUGUGGAUUCUCGUACACUUUGGAAACAAUUUAAAGAUAUGACACUGCUCCAAAUGAUGAAAGCUUUUUCAGGACCGUAGCUUUUGCAUAAAUUAGAAAGUAGAAAAAAUAUAAUUUAACUUGGGAAUGCUUAAUUUUUAACCAAAGACAGGCAGUGAGCUGAAAUACCUUUUUUAUUAAACUACAUCCAGUUUUCAUAAAAUUUUAGAUCCAUUUUACUUUAUUUCAUUUUAUGUCGUUCUAGAAUUUCCCUUGAGCCAAGCUCAACAACAUUGUAUUGCUUCUCAGAAAUAGCCUGUCAUAGGAGAAGGUAACCAAAAUAAGAAAUACACUAAAACAAUUAACUAUUGACACAUAUUAUAUUAACACCCCCCCCCCCCCC